CCUGGCAACCCUGAUCAACGUUUCCAUCGCGCCCUGUUCUGAUACACGUGGAAACCAUCGGUUCCAUGUUCUCCCUUCCUCGUCACACGGUCCGGUAAACUGCUACCAGGGAGCCGAAAAAUAACGGGACACCCACACCUUUUUUCUCCACUACAGUAUUUUUCUUUCGGACGGUGAAUUCAGAUGAGACAGCGCAACUGUAAUUUGUUGUCUUGGAUGAGCCGUGUCAGAAAAUGCAGUAUGAGAUGACAUCGGCAGUGAAAAGAAUAGCGUGAUAUAUUUUGUUUAGAUCUGAAAUGAGCACUAUUGAUAAUGUGCGAUCUGUUUGAUGACAUUUUGUGAAGAAUUGAAAGCGUUUCGACCGAUUAGACCCAGUGUUGGGAGACACUUACAACGACAACGACACUGGAUUUGGGCGCUUAUCACAAAUGACAGACGUCUCUUUCUUAUUACGCUAUAUUCCAUAUAUUGACCAUGUUUGAUUAGACUACAGUCUACAUUUUUAGAUGAUCUUGAAUAGAUAUAAUCGCGAUUGAAUAGAAAUCAUUGUGCCCCUUCAAAGCACUGCAAAGAGCAUAGGCUACCCCGUUCUCUUCAUCAAUGAUGCAACGAUGAGCUUUCAUAACGGCAAAUCGGCACAAUGUACUAGUAACUACUAGUCUAUUACGCUACUAUUUAUUUUGAACACAUUUUUAUAAAACAUAGAAGAAAAGUAAAUGAACAUUGCACAGCUAAAUCAUUUCAAUAAAAUCAUGGAUUAUUGAUCUCCAAACUGCAGGCACAAUACAUUUUAUUUUAUUGCCUGAACAAUCUGAACAGACACAAUUUCCCUCCAGUAAAACUGAGAGCAGAACUUCACUGUAAUGUUGGACAUUAAAAUGAAGGAGGCGUGUCGGAUCUGCGCCCGCGAGCUCUGUGGUAAUCAGCGGCGAUGGAUCUUCCACCCGGCCUCCAAACUCAACCUGCAGGUGCUGCUGUCCCACGCCCUGGGCAGAGAGCUGACCCGUGAUGGCCGGGGGGAGUUUGCCUGUUCCAAGUGUGCCUUCAUGCUGGACCGCAUGUACCGCUUCGACACGGUGAUCGCCCGCGUGGAGGCUCUGUCCCUGGAGCGCCUGCACAAGCUGCUGUUGGAGAAGGACCGGCUGAGACAGGGUAUAGGAGGCUUGUACUGGAAGAACAACACAGAGGACCAGACCCAGGAUCAGACUGGGAUGGGAAUGGGGAUAGGGCUCGGGGGUACUGGGGCUGGAGGGACAGAGAGUGGUGGGCGGUCUGAGGGUGACUCCCCUGUGGUGGACCUCUCAGCCCUGCAGGAGGCCAGGUACAGCUCCCUGCUUCAGGGCGACCUGGCCUAUUCUGUGUACGAGUCCUGGGCCGACCACGAGGACCAGCAGAGUCCGGCCCCGGAUCACCAGCACCACACCCAGCAUCAUCACCCUCAAUGCUCAGGAUCAGAGACUCUGUCUGGGCAUUGCUCCAGGCGGUGCAGAGGGUGUGCGGCUCUCCGUGUGGCCGACUCUGACUACGAGGCCGUGUGUAAGGUGCCUCGGCGGUUAGGCAGGAGGAGCACGUCGUGUGAACCCUCCACCCGCUACUUAGGCAGUGCCAUGGGGGGUAAGGAGACCUCCACAGGGUCAGAGUCCACGCCUGUCCCCUCCGACUCCCCUCCCAUGGGGCCAGAGAGCGACAGGACCCUGUGCGAUGGGGACACAGAGAGGAUAACCCUCAGCCCGGGCUCAUCGAUAGAAUCUCAGGACACAGCCGUGGACGUGGCUCAGCCCUGCACCGCUCACCAAGUUGGGGAAGAGGAAGAGCAGAGAGAGGGAGGAGAGAAGGACCCAGGGAGGGAUCAGAGGAGGGACCCUCGUCUCCAGGGGGAUGAUGCCCCCAGGGAGGGGUCAGUCUCUGGGUUGACCAUGGAGCUGGCUCUAAGUCUAGUGAGGAUCUGGGAGUACAGACCUCUAAAAUCCCCUCAAGGCAGCAAGCUCCCUAUCCUGGUCAAACCCAAACUGGAGACGGGCCUCCCUGGGCUCCCCCUGUCCCUCAGAACCCCAGACUAUGACCUCUACUCCCACCCUGGUAUCCCAGAGCUGGUGAGCCCCAGCAGUCAGCAGGAGCUGCAGACAGAGCUGUCAGAGAUGGAGGAGCAGUGGCUUGAUGACUAUGUGCAGUGUGGCCCCUUCUGCUUCCAGCAGAGGCUGCUAGAUGAACAGCAAGGCCAGCUUCGUCAGUAUGAGACUGCUGCAAGUGAGUGUGUUACUGAGCUCCAGACGGCCCAGCUCCAGGUCCACUCUCUACAGGCCAAGAUCAGAGAGAGCGAGGCCAGGAACCAGAAGCUGCAGGUGCGACUCGGGGACAUGGAGUGUGAGCUGCGCUUGGUCAGAGAGAAGGCCCAGAGACAGGAACGAAACGUCCUCAACCUCACUGACACUGUCAACAGCAAGGAGACUGAGGCAGCAGAGUUGUACCGGGUCAUAGAGGAGCAGAAUAACGUGCUGUGUUCUUUGAAAGAGCUGGCCAACAGAACCGAGGUCCAGACACUACAGGUGUCUGGGGCAGAGUUAGUGCGAGGGCAGGGGGAGGUGCUGGCCCUCCAGGGCUCUCUGUUCCAGGCCCAGCUGGAGCUGCAGGAAGGCCAGAGGGCCCAGCGUCAGGCCACCAGGAGGGAGGAGGACCUCACCAGAGCCCUGCACCGCCUGGAGACAGACCUACAGGGAGUCAUGGAGCACAGACACAGUACUGAGAGACACAACCAGGACUUGCAUCUGGUGCUUGAGAAAGCUCGAUCAGAGCUGCAGCGGAAAGAGGAACAGCUGAAAGAGAAGAAGGGAGAGAGACGGAGAGAGGAGGAGGAGAGGGAGAAGAGCAUCCGAGAGCUGAGGACCUCGCUACAGACCAAAGAGCAGCUGUUGCAGGAGUACUCCGAGUUGUUGGACCAACAGCAGGACCCUAGGGAGAAGAGAGACACUCUCUUCACCAAACUGAAAGAUCGCAUCAAGGACAGGGACAGAGCACUGGAGCGAGCGGUGGAUGAAAAGUUCCGCUGUGUGGAGGAGAAGGAGGGAGAGAUGCGUCGGCUACAGCUUCUUCUCAGAGAGAAAGAGAGAGACCUGGAGAGACAACACUGUGUACUGUCCAACAACGAAGAGACCAUCACGAGUCUGGAAGUGCUGGUGCGUGGGAAGGGUUUGGAGCUGGAGCAGGUGUGUGAGGCAUGGAGGAGUGUACAGCGCCACCAUGAGGGCAGGGAGGAGAGACACAGCCGCAGCCUGAGAGAGAGAGACACGCUCAUCAGCCAGCUACAGAACGCCCUGAACACACGUACCAAUGAGGCUGAGGACCUGACCGGAGCCCUGCUAGGUAAGGUGAAGGCAGGUCCCAGUGAGGUGGUGGAGGAGCUGAAGGCUCGCCUCUCUCUGAAGGAGAAACUGUUCCAGGAACUGUUGUCCGACCGCGGCCGCCAGGCCCAGGAGCAUCACUCACAGGUCCAAGACCUGCUCAACACCAUCGGCACCAGAGACCAGUACAUCCAGGAAUCGGCAGGUCGUCUGGGUGAGGUGAUGAGUGAGCAGACUGUACGUCUCCAGGAGCUCCGCAGACAGCUAACCUCUUGCUCCCUGGCCUAUGGGUCUCAGCUAGACCUCCAGGGUCCAGACUUCCAGGGGACCAGCCAGGACCUCCGGGCCUUGCAGGAGGAACUGCGUCUGGCUCUGAGGAGGGAGAGGGAGGCCCAGGCUGAGCUCACGGGCCUCAGGACCCAGGGCACUGCCAGGCCAGCUGACAGGCAGGCAGAGUUUGAAGAAUUCAGCUCGGAGGACAGUGAUAAUGUUGAGGUCAACAGUAACUAUGCAGAGAGCAUGGAGGAAGAGGACUCCAAACUGACAGCUCGAACCCUAGCCACCAUGCAGAACUCUGGAGGACCUGGGAAGGGGAAGCUAUCCCAGGAGGCAGUGGGAGAGGCCCAGGGGCUGGUGAAGCAGCUGUUGCAACAGAAGAGGGUGGUGGAGAGAGAGCUGCAGGAGCUCAAGGCUCAGCUGGAGAAGGCUGGCUUCUCCCUGUCCAGGAUGAGGAAAUCCCUCUUCAGCCUACGCAUGGAGAACACGGAGUUGAGGUCUCAUCAGACAGAGAGACAGUCAGAGACAGACCCCAGGGAUGAACAGAGAUUCCUGGAAGAAGGGAGGGAUAAAGAAAAGCUGGAUGUGGAGGAGGAGGAAGAGCAACUGUGUGGGGUUGAUCGAUCUGAUGGCUGGGAGGAUGAGCGUCUGUCCCAGGGGAAGCACUGUGCCCCCAGGCCCACCUUGAGAGACCCUGGCCUGGGGAAGAGACACUGCACUAGGCCUGUCUCUCUGGACCUGGGAGCCCUGCUGUCCCACUCCACACAGGAAGGGGGAGACAUCACACCAAAUUAUACUCUAAUAACACGUGCUACUGUAUGUACGGGGGAUGAUGAUGAGGAGGAGGCAGGAGGAGGAGAAGCUGGAGACAGGAAGCAGAGCCCCACGGAAACUGUGAUGGUUGAGAAUGCGGUGCGGCUCCGGCUGGAGAGCAAGGAGCUGCAGGAGAGACUCAUGGUUUCUGAGGCCACUGUGGAGGCUCAGGCUGAACAGCUCAAAGACUACAGAGAUCUCCUGAUGGAGACGUCUGUGCAGCAGGACAGUAAGCAGGUCCAGGUGGAUCUACAGGACAUGGGCUAUGAGACGUGUGGUCGCAGUGAGAACGAGGCUGAGAGGGAAGAGACCAGCAGCCCAGAGUUUGACGAUCUGGCGAUGUGCACGUCUCUGGAAUGCGGCGGCUCCCAGUGGUGGUCAGGCGUUGUGCAUCCUGGGAAGGCCAGUCCUCCAACAUCAACCUCCGAGGCUGAUGACUUGACAUCUCUCCAGCGAUUGGUGGAGGACCUGCGCUCGCAACUCUCCCGCUCCCAGAUGGUGAUCCGGAGCCUCCAGGGCCGCCUGCGCUCCCUCUCCACCUCCAGUGACCCCUUUGGCCCCUCCAACGGCCCCUCCACCCCCCGCAAGGUCAAUUGGGCCAUCCAGUUCCAGUCCUCGCCCUCCCAGAGCGGCCUGGAUGAGGACGAGGGCUGGGAGUCGUCUGGUGGGGGUCUAGGGCCCUCCUCACAUCACCCCAAACCCGACAAUGAUCUCCAGGAGCUGGUGUUUCGCGUGGGAGCCCUGGAGGACCAGCUGAGGAAGGGCAAAGGGACCCAAGCAGGGACUCCAGGGCUCCCUGCAGAGGGAAAGGCUUCCAUCUGGCCUGGGCCUGGGAAGUUUGAUACCCUAAUACAGGCGCAGGCCCGUGAGCUGUCGCACCUGCGCCAGAGGAUGCGAGAGGGGCGUGGCGUGUGCCACAUCCUGACCCAGCACCUGGGCGACACCACCAAGGCCUUUGAGGAGCUGCUGCGUGCCAAUGACGUUGACUACUACAUGGGCCAGAGCUUCAGAGAGCAGCUGGCGCAGAGCAGCGCCCUGGCAGAGAGAGUCAGCACCAAGAUCAGCGGACGUGAGUGGAGAGGGGAUCAUCCAGAGAUUCAUGAUGACAAGACUGGCACAGAGCUGCUCGCCAUACGGCUGAGUAAGGAACUCCAACAGAAGGACAAGGUCAUCGAGUCUCUCCAAGGCAAACUCAACCAGCGCCAGCCUCGUUCUGACACACCCUGCAGUAGCCGUGCCCUCUCCGACACCACCGACCAAUCAGACCGCAUCUCAUUUGUGUCUGAUGAUCAGGGCUCCACCAAUGAGGGGCUGGAGCUGUGCUCGGACGUAGACGCAGCCAGCGAGUAUGGCCAGGAGGACAGACACGCCUCCCCUAGAGCUAGUACAGAUUCUCACUGUAACAGUGUACCCAUGUCACGCCACCCCUCCACCCCUCCGUCCAACACUUCAUCCCACGGACACCAGUCCUCCAUCCGCUGUCUCAGCAGGCAGCCGUCAGGGGACACACAGACACAGACAGGGUUUUCAGUUCCAUCAGCCAAGCCGUUUGUUGGCUUCCAGAUGUCGGCAGAUCCCUCCAGUUACCUGCCCCAGCCUCUGUCCUACCAUACCUUCCACCCGUCUCCUCACAGUGGCCCCAUGAAGGCAGGAACCAGCCUCCUGGAGAGCAGUGCAAUGUGGGACAUGGCUUACAGCGCUCAGCCAAUUAGAAUUGGCGCUGCUGAUUUGUCAUCAGGGUCGUCAGGAUACCAGUCUGGCACCAGCCAUACAGGUUCUGACCUAUUGAAGGAGCAGCUGAGGGAGAUCAGGAGUCUACGUCAACGCCUGGAGGAUUCCAUCCAGACCAAUGACCGCCUCCGACAGCAGCUGGAGGAGAGACUGGUCAACCAAGCCAGAGACAAAGGUGCCCCCACCAACAUCUACAUCCAGGGCUUGGACUCUGUCAGCCAGCUUUCCAGUGAGAUCAGAGCUCUGAAAGAGGAGAACCUCAGCCUGCAGGCCCGACUCCAACAGGCCAGCAGAGACAGCAGUAAGGAGGCGGAACAGCUGCGGGAGGCGUUGCUGUUGGGGCGUGCCCGUGUGAAGGAGGCAGAGUUAGAGACCGAGCGGUGGGCGGAGCAGGGCAGGAAGCUGCAGAAGCAGACACAGGCUCAGACCCUGGAGAUCACCCAGCUGAAACAGGACAGGCAGAACGACCAGGAGGCCAUCAAAAGGUUGCAGCACGAGGUGAAUGUCUUUGAGCAGCAGGUGUGUGAGAGCCGUGGCCUUAUCCACUCUCUACAGUAUAAGCUCCAGAUGUACCACAGAGUGUGUGGCGUCCCCAAGAAUACACAUACAGGUGAGGGGUCACACUCAGGGGAGUCUGCGCCCUUUGACCCCAAGGACCUGCAUGUUCCGCUGGGGCAGCAGUUGACCUCUGCGACAUGCCCUCCUGGAGCGAGGAGACAGCUCUUCCACGACCCGGCUCUCUCUCCCCCUGUCCGAGAGACUGGACUCUUGAGCCCUGCUUCCCAUCUCUCCCCCACACUGGAACCCCAGGAGGCUGACUCUUCUCUGGAGGGCCAAGCCCCAGACGGCUCUUUUACAAACCGUAAUGGCCGCCACGCUGUGGGGCAUGUUGAUGACUUCCAUGCCCUACAGCAGCAGAUCCUGGAGGGACACGUCCUCAUCGGCAACAUGGAGACUGCCCUCCAGGCCACUGCCAACUAUGCCCUGCUGGAGCUCAGCCUGGAUAAGGCUGCGCACCCUGGCUUGGCGAGUAGACUGCUGACUAGCACUAAGACCCUGCGGCAGAUCCUUGAGGAAGCCAUCUCCUUGCUCAGAAUGUUCUGGAGGGCAGCCCUGCCCAGUUGUGAGGGGUACUCUCAGAGCACCAAGGAGCUGUUUCUAAAGGAUGAGGUCCACAUGCUCCGUCAGCGGGUCUCACAGCAGGAGGAGGCUCUAAGGGACGCCAUGGAGACACUGAAGAGCUCCAACCGCACCAAAGACAGCAUGGAACACUUCAUCGUCAGCCAACUGUCGACAACAAAGGAUGUCUUGAAGAAGGCACGGACAAAUUUAGAGGAGAACAAGCAGAGAAUGUCCUCCCUUGGCCUCACUUCUCCCCCCCUUCCUGCUCCUCUUCCUCCUGUCCCUGGGUUGGUAAAGGUGAAAUCCCAAGAGGCUUCUGCGAGCUCACCCAUUCUGCUGGUUCGGGUGUUGUGAAGCAACAGAUAAAGGCUCCAUCACCCAGAACUCCUACCGUGGCCCAGUAAUACCCAGGGUCUGACCCAGGGGGUUAACAGACUGCACCCUCCACAGCCAGCCUCUUUGUGAUGCACCAGCUUCAGCCUCCUCCUAAUACUGGGAGACAGAACAGGACUCUUCCUGUUUAAAAGGAAACAAAGUACAUAACAGGUCUCUGCUUAAAUAGGGGGGACACUACAGUUGAGGGGAGACGGUCUGAUAGUCAGUAGAGGUUCAACCAGGUACUCUCUGUGAUGUCGACGACUGCCUAUCUCAGGUGUUAUGUAUAGCUUUUGUAGGUGCUACGAAGGUUUCUCAACUGAAGUGUAUCCCCUAUUUUACCUGAUAUACAGUACCAGUCAAAAGUUUGGACACACCUACUCCUUCAAAGGUUUUCUUUAUUUUUACCAUUUUCUACAUUUGAGAUAAUAGUGAAGACAUCAAAACUAUGAAAUAACACAUAUGGAAUAAUGUAGUAACCCAAAAAAGUGUUAAACAAAUCAAAAUAGAUUUUAUAUUUGAAAUUCUUCAAAGUAGCCACCUUGCCUUGACAGCUUUGCACACUCUUGGCAUUCUCUCAACCAGCUUCAUGACGUAGUCACCUGGAAUGCAAUUCAAUUAACAGGUGUGCCUUGUUAAAAGGUAUUUUUUUGAAUUUCUUUCCUUCCCAAUGCGUUUGAGCCAAUCAGUUGUGUUGUGACAAGGUAGGGGUGGUAUACAGAAGAUAGCUCUAUUUGGUAUAAGACCAAGUCCAUAUUAUGGCAAGAACAGCUCAAAUAAGCAAAGAGAAAUGACAGUCCAGUCCAUUCCAUUUUUUUUUAUGAAAAUGCGUUUUUUUGGCAGAAAUGCUUUCUCGAACAUGUGAACUUUCAUGUGCCUUAGUAACAAACUUGUAUGCCAUCAGUAAAUAUGAAUAAACUUGUUAAAUUAAGAGCCUUGUUGGUUAAGCCACAGAAAAAGUCAGCAACCUUCCCACUAGCCAUGAUUGGCUGAGAAAAUGAGUGGGCUGGACAUGUCGAGAGAUGAGUUCGCAUUGGUCUGCCAUAUAGAAGGCUUUUUUCUGUCUAUUUGAGCUCGUCAGUCUGUGUUGGUAAUCCUGUCGAACACAGCUUUUUUUAAUGCAUUGUGUAGUGGAGCUGCAUAAUUGUUGCUCUCCACUUUCUGGAGGAUCAAGUUUUGAAAUAAGUGGAAUUAGAGUAUGAUAGCUACAUCUUCAAACUAAGGGCAACCGUUGUAUGGCAAUUCCUGACAGGGAGAUGCGUCCAUCAUGCAUGGAUACCCCCACUCUCAACUUAAACUGGUGACUGAACUAAGAUUUGUUUAAGGCAAUGGUAUUGCUGUUGUGAUUAAUUGUGUAGUUUUGGGUACCGGUAGUUAGGAGUAUGGCAAACACUUUAUUUAUUUUCUAGGAGACAGUCAGUGAGGGUGGUGAAAGGGAAAGAGCCAGGAAGAGAAACUUCAGAGGACAGUGCCACAUCCACGGCAGGACCAGGUGUCAACCUUGUUGCCAGCAGCAUCAGUAUAGGGGACAGUGGCACAGCAUUGUCCAGUUACCUCAGUGAUGGCACAAAACCAAAUCAGCCACACCCACAAUUUAUAGAACCGCAAACUCUUGCCAACAGAGGGUUGACGUUUCAAGAGAGAUGGUUUCGCGAUUUCCCCUGGCUACAUUAUAAUCCAUCAAUAAAAGGAGUGUUGUGUUUUCACUGUAGCCAAGAGAUUUCAAGCCAGCCAUCUUUUGGCCAAAGAGCAGAUGCUGCCUUCAUUAGUGCAGGAUUUAGGAAGUGGAGAAAAGCCAUUGAAAAAUUCACAGCACAUCAAAACUGCCAAACCCACCUCCACUUUGUAACUGUAACAGCACACCAGCUAAAUCCAAUCAGUGCCCAGUUAUCCAGCGCGUGGGCUAAACAGCAGGAGGACGCAAGGCAUUGCUUGAUGAAAAUUGUUAGUUCGGUGCGGCAUGUAUUAAGACAGGGACACGCCUUUAGAGGCCACACGGAAGACAGUGGGAAUUUAUAGCAGCUUUUAAAAGUUAGGGCAGAAGAGGAUGAUCCCAUUUUACUGAAGUGGUUUACAGAGCGUACCACAAUGUACACAAGCCCCAAAGCGCAGAAUGAAAUUCUGAACAUUAUGGCCAAUACAGUCAUUCAAGGCAUUGCAGCUGAGAUUAGGUCUCUUCCAAAUGUACACAUUUCAGUAAUUGUUGAUGGUACUCAAGAUGUCUCUGGUGCUGAACAGGAGAGUAUCUGCCUGCGUUAUGUUGACCACGACCUUGUCCCUCACAAGGAGUUUAUUGGGCUUUUCAGAGUGUCGGAGACAACAGGCGAGGGCAUUGCGAAAGUGGCAACUGAUGUGUUGUUGAGGCUCAAUUUGCCCAUGUCUGGCUUAAGUGGGCAGAGUUACGAUGGUGCCGCAAACAUGGCAGGAAAUACACAGUUGCACAGGCAAUUGUGAGGAGGCAGCAGCCAUUAGCCCUCUAUGUGCAUUGGGGAGCACACUGUGUGAAUCUGAUUACACAGGCUGGCUGCUCAGCCUCCCCACUGAUCCGGGAUUCCCUUUCUUGGGUCCAUCAGUUAGGUGUCCUCUAUGGCCAGUCAGGAAAGUUCAAGAGCAUGUUUGAAUCAAUUGCCACGUCCGGAGAUACACGUCUGAUCACCCUGAAACCCAUAUGUCCAACAAGGUGGGCUGUGCGGAAUACUGCUAUUAGACCUGUGCUAGGGCAGUAUGAGCAGGUACUAAGCAGCCUAGAGGAGAUGUCAAAAACUGAAUCCAAAACAGCUUCAACUGUCAGUGGCUUGAGCACUUCAGCAAAGGCAAGCCUGUGUUGGGCCUCACACUUGCCUCUGCUGUUCUUGGAGAGCCUGAAUGCCUAAACAUUUCACUGCAGAAGAAAACCCAGACUGUCUCUGGUAUGCAGGCUGCAGUCGAGUGUGUGCGGUCAUCUCUUAGGGGCAAGAGAAAUGAUGAAAGCUACCUUUGACUGUAUGAGAAAGCAACAACAUUGAUUGACUCCAUUGAAUCCAUUGAGACACACUCAAGACAAUUUGCUGGCAAAGCAGUGGUUCACUAUAGGGCACCAAGUGUUGGAUGGUGUGGAGGUUCAGUUUGGUGACCGUUUUGACCAGGACAGACGUCCUGCAAAAGUUGGAAAGAGCGCUUCUCACGAGGGAGUUGGAUGAGUCUCUAGAUCAGUACCCUGAGAUGAACAUAGAUUCUCUUUCAGUGCAGUUGCCUCUCUUUCGCAACAAAUACCCCUGUAGCAGCAGUGGAGAGGCAGCAGAGGUCCCCAGGAGACUUCCAGUGGAGGUGCAGGGGUUGUUUGACCAAGUUGAGGUGCUGAUCAGAAUUUUGAUUGUGGUGCCAGUGUCUUCAUGUGAGGCUGAGAGGAGUUUCAGUGCACUCCGCAGGUUAAAGACUUGGCUACGGGCUAGCAUGGGCCAAGAGAGACUGAACGGCGCAGUUGUCUGUAAUGUACAUAAAGACAGGCUGGACAGUCUCAAGAGCGAAAAUAUCUGCCAGCAAUUUGUUGGAUCCAUUGAAACACGCAUAUGUUCGGUUCUUUUGUUCAGUAGUGUGUAUAGCAGUGGUUCUCAACCUGUUUUGGGUCCUGGAACCCCUGCAUAUUUUGAGGCAAGGCGGGCAAGGUUUUGAGCGGUCCUCGGGGACCUCCACCCCCUCCAUAUUAUAUGUAAAGUUACUGGAAUCCUUGUGGUGCUGAAUACGUUCAUUACACUUUUUUAUUUCACGGACCCCUUCCAAUUACACCAGGGACCCCUAGGGGUCCACGUACCCCUGUUUGAGAACCCCUGGUGUAUAGUAUGAUAUUUUUGUUCAGUAGUUUUCAGUUUUUAGUACAUGACAGUACACUUACUAAUUAUUUAUUUUAUGUUAUUUCAUUUAAAAUGACAUACUUUGUGUGACAUACUUCUCCAUAGCUGCUGUUUGAAGAGUUGAGACACUGACUGAACAAUAAAUAAGUAUUUUUGAAUAAUA